CUCCGCAUCCCCGUUGCCAACAGUCGUUUCGACAUUGGAAAGCGCCUCCCUUUUCUCGCUCGGUCGCUCUGUUGUGGACGCAACCAUCGCCAAUCCAUCGCCCUCUACGAGAGAUGGUGGCCUCGAGAGCUAUCGGUUUCCGUCGCCUACCCCGUGGCUUUCACGGCAGGCGACCACCUUCUUCCGUCUUCAAUCCGCAUCUCUCCCGCAUAAACCCUAAUUCUAGGGUUCCCGAUUCUUCUUUUUCUCCCUCGUCCACUCCAAAAUCGGUUUCUUCUGUCGCCGGGAUCGAACCGGCUCACAUCGAUUCGAGGCGGCGAAGUCUCUACUCAAUCUUCUCGAAGCCGAAGCUCGGUUCGGUUUCCGAAGUUGACGUGCCUUCCAAGUCCGAUGUAGCUAAGAAAAAGGGACGGAAAUCGACGCCUUUGUCGAGCUCGCCGACAAAUCAGCCGAUGGUCGAGAAGGAGUUCCCCAAGGAGCUGUCUCCCGAGGCUGCGGCGCUGGUGAGCCGGUUGCAGGAGGGCGGAUACCUGACGAAGGCAAAUUUCUACCAGGUGGCGCCAAUGAGUCCCGAGAAGGUUCCGGCAACUCUGUAUUCAAGGCAUAUCUUGAAAUCAGCUGCAGAGAAAUUUGGACAGGAUCACCAAGACAUUGCAAAGUGGUUGUCAGGAAGGGAGUUGAAAGAAAUUGCUCUUUUCGGUUGUCCAUCUCUCGACAGAAAAACAGUGUUUGCAGCCAAAAGACUACGUUCUUUCUUCAGCAUUCAAGAAGAUAUUAUAUGUCGAGGUUGCCAGAUGAGAACCUCCUGCAAAUUUAUGAAUCAAAGAGUAAACAGGAUGGAGAAGGUGAUUCUGUCGGAUUCCAUGAGAAUUCUUGCGUUAUUUGCACUUGAUGCAGUUCCAACACAGCUACAUAUCCCCUGUGACUUGAAAUCUUCCGUCUGCAAAUUGCUGAAGGAGGUAGUCAGUCUUAGUGCUUGACAUACGAAGGCGAGAAGUAGUGUCCACUGUUGUUACCGCAAAUUUUAGCUGUCGUUGCCUUCCUAGCCUCAAGACACAACAUCAACAAUCUGAGUGAAAGACCAUUUGGCUCAUAGGAGGACAAAGGUUUUGGUCAUUUUAAAAUGCUACAAUUGUCUUUUUCAUGUUUAUUCUGCAAGAAUGUGUAAUUAUUUAUUUAGAUGAAAUGCUCAAUUAUAAAUAAAUGUAAGUGAUAAGAUUGCAUACAUGCAUUUUGAUGCAUGAACGUUUAGGUUUGCAA